UCGGCGCGCGCGUCCACGGAUGCCCGUCCUGGGAGGGCUCCGGAUCUGUCUGCAAGAUGAGCCUGGGGCCAUGGCAGGUGAGAUGGUGAUGAGUUACUCAAGCUGCACAGCUAAUUAAGUAGCUGAGGAGAUUAGAACUCAGGUUUCCUGCCUCCCAAGAUUGUUAAAAAAUGAGUCUGCGGAAGCAAACCCCUAGUGACUUCUUAAAGCAGAUCAUCGGGCGGCCAGUUGUGGUGAAAUUAAAUUCUGGCGUGGAUUAUCGAGGGGUCCUGGCCUGCCUGGAUGGCUACAUGAAUAUAGCACUGGAACAGACAGAGGAGUAUGUAAACGGACAGCUGAAGAAUAAGUAUGGAGAUGCGUUCAUCCGAGGAAACAAUGUGCUAUACAUAAGUACACAGAAGAGGCGGAUGUGAAGACACCAGGAGGCACUGCUCUUCAGAGAUGGGUGGAUGGAUGGAGUCCUUUUUGGUUCUCUUACGAUUUUAGUGGUGGUCUGUGGGUUUUGUUUUUUUUUUUUUUUUUAGUCAUAUUCUUUAUUAUUUCUG